AUGUGCAAUCGGAGACUAGCGAUGCCAUUACUUUUGCUCGUGUCGAUGCAACUGCCGCGCGCAUCUCGCGCGUGGGUAGGCACCCUGCGACCACAGGGGUAUCGGAAAUUUAGUGUUCACUUGAGCACAGUAUGUCGACUAAACCGCUUCCUUUUCGAUACGUCCGAAGUCAAGUACACCGACACUGAGCUUCCUAGUAUCACUUUGCCGAGAGACGAUUUUCGAACAAUUCAUGCAUCCAAGAUUUUGGGUUUGCGCAAUGGAAAUACUAUUCGCGCUGGGCUGGUAAGCUGUGAGGUCCAUCAAGGCUUGCUGACUGACGAUGCUACCGUGCAAUGGAUACCGGAAGGGAAGGUGAAAAAAGCCGAGCCACUGGGGAAUGGAAAUCCUCCUGGGUCACUGCACAUUCAUCUCAAUGGACUUCAGGCACCCGCGGAACAACUAGUACCGUCGGUCAGUUUGAUCUUGGCAUUGCCGCGACCAUUGCAGCUAGGAAGAAUGCUUCCUAUGAUAUCACAAAUGGGCGUCAACCACUUAGUAUUGGCGCAGGCACAAAAAGUUCCCAAGGAUUAUUUCGGCAGUCACCUGCUUCGCAACCCCGAAGAACUCCGGGAAAAGCUCAUCGAGGGGCUUUGUCAGGCAGGAGACGUUCGCUUACCUCAACUGCACAUUGUGCGUAACCUUCGUGAUUUCCUCACCAAUGAGGUGGACGAGAUUUUUCCAAAGAACCAAUACGCCAGGGCCAUUGCUCAUCCACAAAGGACAUCCGAUCCAAUGGGCUCAUUGAAAAAGAUGAAGCAAGUCGAGUUCCCGGUGAAGUCCUCGAGACUCGUGGUAGCCGUGGGCCCCGAAGGUGGCUGGGAAGAGCCUGACGAGUUGGAUCGUUUUCGCGAUUGUGGCUUUCAGCAAAUUACGAUGGGUGCGCGUGUUCUACGCUCGGAUUGUGCGGUAGUCAGUCUCCUAAGUUUGGCUCAUGAUAUUUGCGCUGAUCAACAGCAAUAG